UGUUUUGUUGAUGAUGUUUAAGUCUAACCUAUGACUUUGUCAAUUGUCAUUGUCACUUGUUGACUUGUUACUGCUAAUUGUAAAGAAACAUUUCAAUGACGAAUUAAACUUAGAUGAUUAGUUGUUUGUUCACCUACCAACUAUUCACAAUUUCACUUAAAAAUGUCGGCUGGUGACUGGGAGGAGGUUAAACGGCUUGCUGCUGAUUUCCAAAGAGCCCAACUUAGCACUUCAGCAUUAAGGCUUAGUGAAAGGAAUUGUGUCGAAGUUAUAACCAAACUAAUCGAGUUGAAGCUACUUGAAGUGAUAUUCACUACAGAUGGCAAAGAGUAUCUCACACCUCAGCAGCUGGUUAAGGAAAUAAAAGAUGAACUUUUUGUCCAUGGAGGCAGGAUAAACUUGGUCGAGCUUUCAAAGGUCUUGAAUGUUGACCUUGCUCAGAUCACAGCGAAAGCCAAUGAAAUUGAGAGAGCGGAAUCAGCAUGUCAGCUUGUCCUUGGUCAGCUGAUAGACAAAAACUACGUAAAACAUAUUGCAGAAGAAAUCAACGAACGUUUGGCCCAGCAAGGUCAGGUGUCAAUAGCCGACCUAACUCGACAGUAUGAUCUUCCUAGCGAUUUUCUUCAGUCGGUGGUGGAGAAAAAUCUGGGAAAAGUAAUUCACGCAAAGCAGGAUAAACAAGAUGCUCGGAUGUUCUUCACGGAUGCGUUUGUGGCUCGCAACAAAGCCGUGGUACGAGGCGCCCUGGUGGCUGCCACUCGACCGACACCUGUCACCGCCAUAAUCAAUCAGUGCGGCAUCUCCGAGCGGACGUUCUUUUCUGUGAUUGACAGUCUACUGGAGAGCAAGGAAGUUGCUGGUACGCUGACUGGCAGACAAGGUACUGCAGCUACGUUCAUACCUCACGUGUACUCCAAGGCUCAGAGUCAGUGGGCUACCAACUUCUACAAGCAGAACGGUUAUAUAGAGUACAGCGCGCUGCACAGACUGGGUAUCUCAGACGCAAUGUCGUUUGUGAAGCGUCAGUUCUCCGGUGAGAAGCUGGUGUUGUUGCCGUCAUGCGCCGUUGGCCGUCAACUGUUGGAUCAGGUGGAAGGCUCGUUAGAUGAGGCUGUCUCCUCCCUGUCCUGGUUUGACGUUAUGUCCGUCCUUCCGUCUGUUUUUGAAGUUGAGGAUGGAGAAGAGAUCCUCAAGGAGGUGGUGAAGAACAUGAAGAGCAAUGUUCAGACGCACACAUUCUGUAGCACUUUUGUGGUCACUGACCAUUUCCUGCAGACUCUGGUGAAGCCUAUAAAUGAAAAGCUGAUUGACAAGAAAGCAGAAGAGGCAGUGUCUUCAGGCAAGUACCAACAGUCCAGAUUGGAGAGGCAAGGGGGAGGUGGAGGGGGGAGAGAGCCAGAGGUGGACCACAAGGCUGAGAGAAGAGAGGAGAGACGCAAACGAGCGGUUGGUGGCAAGGGAGGUGGCGGAACACAGGGUCGUGAAACCAAGACCAAGUCUACAAAGAAGAAGUACGGGAAGAGCCGAGUGGAAGCGGCUAGUGAUUCUGAGGAGGAGGAGCAAGCAACUCCCGGCAAACUGGAGUUGUUGUCUCUUAGUGAAGUAAUUCAAGUUCUCAAACGUGAUGAAUCCCUGCAGGAUGAAGAAUUAGAGAACUUUGUCACCGAGAUCGCCAAAUUUCUUUUGCCUGACUUGAACAAGAAGGCAUUAGUAGCUGCAGAAGCAGUUUUUGAAAAUCUGGUGACCAACAGGGGCUCCUCAAGACGCAAGACUACAACUGAACUACAAGAGAAACUGAACGUAUCAGUCAACGAUGUUAGACUGUAUGACAAGGGAGUACGGCAGUUCCCCAGCAAAGACGUCCAGGCUCAGUUGACCAAACAUCUACUCAAGACAACGGCCUCCGAGGUCGUAAACACUUUGUUCACCUUCGCAGCACAAGACAGCAACAACCCAGGUGACAGCAAGGACAAAGAACUGACUGUUGAGGAGCGUGUGAAGAUCCUGUCUGAAUGCCCAACUGAUAUGAAAGACCCUCUACAGAAGGUGCAUAAGAGUCUGGCUGGCAGUUCUGUGGAAGAUUUCUUGGAGGCUGUAGACCCAGCUUUCUCAGCUGUUGGUUUGUUGCUGAGAAAAGCUGACAAGAAGAAAGACAGGCCCCAGCUGCUAGCUCACAGACAUGCACUGGCAGAUCAGCUGACAAUAUGUGAUGAUCCAGCACUCGUACUACACCUGGCUGUACUGUUGAUAUUCCAAGCUGUCACGGGCUGCAUGUUGCAAGCUUCAGGACGUUUUGUUUCUACGAUUCUGCAGUUUUUAGGCUCACAUCUCAGUCAGGAGGUCAAUGACAAACUGCAGAAAUAUCAUGAUUCUGUCCUAAAACUUUUAAAAGUGGGUGAUGACAAUGAAGAAAGAAAUCAGAUUCUGAAGAUUUUACAAGAAGACAUGCAGUCAGUUAAAGACAUUGCAUUGAACUACAAGAAAAAUGACAGCAUUAGUAAACAGGCCUGAAUUGUUAUGAAUAAUAAAGUUUAUAUUUUGGUUUUGGAUA